AUGGAUCCGUAUGAGAUACUUUAUGGGAGGAGGUGUCGUACACCUACUUGUUGGCUGGAUCUUGGAGAAAAAGAAUUUGCAAGUUAUGAAAUCAUGCAGCUUAUCGAGGAUAAAGUGAAGAUAGAAAGUCUCACCUUGGAUGGUGAUUAUUCGUUUUCGCAAGCGGGGAAGUUGAGACUGCACUUUAUCGGACCACUUGCAGUGUUGGAACGAGUCGGAGAGCAAGCCUACAGAUUGGAGUUACCACCCAAGUUAGCGGGAAUUCUUGAUGUAUUUCACGUUUGCUACAUGAGAAAGUGUUUUGUGGAGAAACCCAGUGUACUACCAUUAGACGAGCUACGAGUCAAUGAAUCAAAAUGUUUAGUUGAAAAACCAGCAUCAAUACUGGAGUGUGAGACCAAGCAGUUGCACAAGAAAGGAGUGAAACUUGUGAAAAUUCUUUGGAAGAACAAGCAUGGCGGAGAUAUGAUAUAG